AACCGGGUUGGCUGACUGUGGAAGCUCUGAGGCGGCAGUGCAGGUUCUUCACCCGGCGACGUUCGCGUGGCGGGCUUUUUCGGUCCUCUCGCUGUUGCGGGGCGCUGCCAGAGCGGCUUUUAGGAGUCCGGCGGCCGCGUCAUGGCUUGGAGGUUCAUGAGGUGGGGUUGUUUUGUGGGGGGGGGGGCGCGGGUCCCCGAGGGCCUAGGCAGGGAAGAAUUAUAAAUGGUACGAAGCGGGGAGGGGAGGGGGGGUCUUCCCGCGUCCACUCCCCGAAAGGAGGCCUUGACUUGAAGGGGCUGCAAUUCCUAGCCGUUUCUGCCUCCGCCUCCCCUGCCGCUUUUGCACUAGGCCUCUCGGGUUAUGGGGCCGGGACCGGUCGUGGUCCUUCUGCCUCUUUAGGCAGGACUUGCCCUGCUGGUUGGGGACUGGUGGAGAAGCUCUUCGGCUGCCUGGCGGGGUGUUGGGAGCGGUGCCUUGUGCUGCGGUCUCAGCCUGUAAUUUGGUUUUGCAUUAUUAUUAUUAUUAUUUAAUUAUUAUUUAAUUAUUUAAAUAAUAAUUAAAUAAUAAUAAUAUUUAAUUAUUAUUUAAUUGUUAUUUAAUAAUAAUAUUGCUAAUCAGGGCAAUAAAUAUUUCAAAAAUGCUAACAAGCGUCCAAGAGCCGCCUUCCCCCUAAAAAAGAAGAAAAAGGAAGAAAAUGAAUUUGGUUAAGUGCUGUGUUACUAAGCUAGGGUAAAGGAAAGGUCUGUGUCACAGAAACUUAACCUCGACCGAUAUAUGUGCGCAAGGAUGGUGUUUCCCGAGACUCUGUUUAUAUCAUCAAGGACUUUGUUCUCAUUCCUGGCCCUUGCAUUUCCGGUUUGAUCCACCUCUUUGCUCUGGCCUAAUAAUUUCUUUCUUUCUCACAUUUCUUCUUCAAGUACAGUACACAGGAGCCAACUCCUAGGGGCCAUGGUCCCUUUGCUCCCCCAAUAAAAUAUUUGAGAGGGUUGCCCCCCCAAGUUGGUGGACCUUGCCAUUCAAAUGGGGUGUGUGAGCCGCAUCAUGUGGUCAGUAAUAUGGGGUGGUGCUUACCUGCCGCCCCCCAAUAUUUUAUUUAACUUGGCACCCUUGUCCAAGUAUGUUUGGUGCUGCACCAACUACAUCUUGGAAGUAACAUUGAUUCAGCGCCGACAGGCCCAUUUCUUCAUACCUGUGUUUGCCCUAAUUGCUUAUAAAAGCAGGAUGUGUGUAGUUUGAUUUUUCAGAACAUGAGAGGGAGCAAACCCUUCAUCACACUCUUGGCACUUACCUUCUUAUAGCUGCUGCUACUCUAUCAUCCAGUGUGUUUCUCCCAAGUGUGCUUCUUGGUAUCAACGCUCAGCUGAGGAGAAAAGUGUUUACUGCACAUAUGCACACCCCUUUUGCUUUAAAAAGAAUUGCGACCCACAUUUUAUACUGAAUUGGGAUAGAAUAUCUUUGUCAUGUCUAGUUUGGUCUGUAUAGUAGACUUAAGGCAUUCAGAAAGGGGAUCAUAAGCAUAGAAUAGUGUAAUUUCUGCAAAGAGUCACCAUUUCCAGUAACAAACUUAUUUGGUCUCACAGUCCCAAGAUUAUUGUCUAAUGUGGAACAAUAUUAUAUUCCUUUCUUUGAACUCAUCAUUCUUUCAGUACUGUCUUGAAGUACCGUAUUUUUCGGCCCAUAGGGCGCACCUAGUUCCCCCCCCCCCAGGCGCGGGGCUGGGGCAGGGGAAGCCCAAGCUUCCCCCGACCCCAGCUCCCAGAACAGGCAGCUCUCCACAAGCCGUGGGAGGGCUGCGCGAAGUCGCGCAGCUCUCCCACGGCUCUGCGGAGAGCUUCCUGAAGCCUGGAGAAAGCCUGCAUUCGCCCCAUAGGACGCACACACAUUUCCCCUUCAUUUUUGGAGGGGAAAAAGUGCGGUAGGUUUUUUAACAUUUUUGUUCCAUAAAUGGGUAGCAGAUGGCGAGAGAGAUUUGCCUAAGGUCUACAUGUUUUGAAUUCAUAACUGAUUGGAAGUUUGAUGGGUAGGUUAAUUCCUAGCGGGUUGGCUAACUGUUGACAAGUUUACCUUGUUGAGACAGUAGUAGCGAUGGUGGUUAUCUGAACUGUUUGUGCUAAAGGUUUCUUUGUGUUCUGUUUAAUUUGUGUUCUCCCCACAUUUGGGGGUGGGGUGGGGGGAGACUUUGAACUCACUUAGACACUUUCUCCCACAUGUGUGCAUGUGUGUGGGAGAUUCCCCCCCCCUUUUUUUUGAAUUGCUUAAAAAGUGCCAACUUCAAAGAUGUCAAACAAAGAUUGCAGUAUUGGUUGUUAAACGUGUACAAACCAAAGGUAGCUAAAAGUUGCUAAACAUGUACAAACCAAAAGGUAGUACAGAUUAAACAACAAAAUGUUACAGUGUGCAGCUCCUGGUCAGGGUAUUGGCCUCUCCAUAUCCCCUUCUUAAUUCCUCACCCUGCAACAGCCAGUCAUUUGGGGUAGGUUGAAAUAGAUUUAAGCCUAAUCCCAGAUGAAUCAAAACAUUUCUCCAGCAAUGUCUUUGAGCAGCUUUCAUUUCUGCCCAUGAAGGUAUUUCAAAAGAGCUCAUAUGUGUGAACUAGGAAGUGACCUAUCAAUUGAACACCCUGCCUCCAAUAACAAACAAUUCCAAAUGAAGUUCUUUAAAAAUUCUUUUUUCCCCCCCAGCAAUUUUGAAUGGGAAUUGGAUCCUGAUAUAUAUGGAGAUCGGCAUUACAAUGCUUUUACUCGGGAAUUUUAUCCCAGCUUAGAAGACCUUAUGGGAUCAGAUGCUACUAUGGUGACUGAAGAAGAUACGGAUUCAGCUAUCUUAUUUGGAACUCUGAGAGGCAAUGUGGUUGGAUUGCGGUAUUAUACAGGAGUGGUAAGUACAGGAGGAAUACAAAUUAGUAACUGAGAACUAGAUUGCUUGAAAGGAAAAACUAGGUAUGUUAUAUAAAUUCUAGAUAACCAGGUUGUUUGUACUCCCAGUAAUGAGCAGAGGCGACUGAAGCAUUAAGUAAUUUGCACUUUAAUUGUAAUUCCGAGGUGGGGGGUAAUUCAGGGAUGGCUAAGCUUUGACAAUGUAGUGUCCAUCAAAGGUUGUUGGACUCACAAAUCCCAUCAUCCCUGACCAUUAGCCAUUACUUGUGAAUAGGAUUAUGUAGGAAAGGGGAAGAGUGAUGGCACCGAUGGGGGUAUUAAUAUUGUUUGCCUUUUAAAUAGCCCCACUCCUGUUUUACAUGUGAACUGGGCAAACCCAAGUUUAAAGUAUGAUUGCAAGUAGUCACAUCAUAUGAUGGGUUAAGGCUGUAAAUAGAUGUUCUUGAUAGUGGUGCCUUGAUUAGGGAAUUCCCCUCUGUCUCAAAUUCAGUUGAGGUGAGGUAAUUAAAUUUCUAUAGCACCCUUCGUCUGUAGAUUGCAGGGUGGUUUGUAAUAUAAAAAUCUUCAAGGUGGAACUUAUUUUUUUGUGUAUAACUUCAUCCAGAGCUGUUCACUGAGCCUAUUCUACAACAGAUUUGGACCUUACUCUACUUCUGCGAGGUGACUGGUAUUGCAAGCAAGAUCCACACUUCCACUGUGUGUGUAUCUUAUAUCAGAUUCCCAAUGUGUUAAUUGUACAAAGAAGUGUAUUUCUUUAAGUUGAAGCAUUGUAGCAUAUUAUAAUGUUCCAACUUUGAUUAUACACCUGGGUACUGAGGCUAAAGACUGCUCUGAAGUUUAAUGUACCUGAAAUGUUGAGGGAAAUCCUCAGUCCUUCUUUAGCUUAUAUAUAGAAUGUUUCUAGUACUGUAAAAACUUCCUGUUAGAACAAGGGCUUUUGCAUUUUUCUCCAAAAUGAAUUGAACAGUUUCCACCUUCACUUCAAGUCAGGCUGUCAUAUUCAAAUUCUUUUGCAACGUUAAAGAAAUUUCAGCUGCUCUCUGAGCAAUGGCAUAUGGACGAUUUUAUUACUUUGAAAUUUCAUUGUGUUUAAUGUUACUGUAAAAAACAUUGGAAGCAAAAAAUAUAUGGUGUAAAGGUAAAACUGCCUUAACAGUGUUUUAAAGAUAUUUUGGUUGUAUUUUGUAUUUUGUGUAUUUUAUUGUGUAUUUUCUACAUUUUAAAUAACGUGAAGGCUAAUUUUGCAGGUCAAUAAUAAUGAAAUGGUUGCACUCCAGAGAGAGCCUAACAACGCAUAUGACAAGAAUGCUGUAAAAGUAAAUAAUGCGAAUGGAGACCAGGUAGGCCACAUCAAAAAAGAGCUGGCAGCAUCAUUGGCAUACAUCAUGGACAACAAGUUGGCAGUGGUGGAAGGGUAAGUAUGUAAAUGUAGGGCUAUUUCCCCUGUUGUUUUCUUGAACAGCAGUCCAUUGGUAGUAGUUAGUUUCUAAUAAAUAAAGUGGGAUAUCUGGAAGUAGAAUCACAAUUUACAGGAAGCAAACUCUAUAAACUAAGAAGUCUCAGUAUCUGAUUGCUGGUUGUGCUGGUGGCUUAUGUUGAACAGGCAUAGUAUAGUGUAAACAAACUCGCAAACAUGAAGUGGUUUACUGAAUCUGUCACAGAUUGAUAAGUUCAUUGAGGUUUAGAACUGAGACCAGAUAUAUAAGUAAUAGUUAUUCUACUAUCUCUUGAAGCAUUGCAGAAUUAAGGUUAGGUUUUAAAGACCAAGGUUUUCCCUACCUUUGAAUUUAAUUAAUUUUUGCCACUGAAUUUCCAUACCUUUUUGAAGCGUACUACUAAUAAGCUGACAAAGGUCCCUAUAGUUAAAGCCAUGGUCUUCCCAGUAGUGAUGUAUGGAAGUGAGAACUGGACCAUAAAGAAAGCUGAUCACCAAAGAAUCGAUGCUUUUGAAUUAUGGUGCUGGAGGAGACUUUUGAGGGUCCCAUGGACUGCAAGAAGAUCAAACCUAUCCAUUAUUAAGGAAAUCAGCCCUGAGUGCUCACUGGAAGGACACAUCCUGAACCUGAGGCUCCAAUACUUUGGCCACCUCAUGAGAAGAGAAGACUCCCUGGAAAAGACCCUGAUGUUGGGAAAGAUUGAGGGCGCAAGAAGAAGGGGACGACAGAGGACAAGAUGGUUGGACCGUGUUCUCGAAGCUACGAACAUGAGUUUGACCAAACUGCAGGAGGCAGUGGAAGACAGGAGUGCCUGGCGUGCUCUGGUCCAUGGGGUCAUGAAUAGUCGGACACGACUAAACAACAACAACACUAACAUAUUGAUUCUGCAGUAGUAUUGUAUAUGUAAAUAGUAGAAACAGGUGGUUCGCUUAAUUCUCUCCGCUCUUAAAAUCAGCCCGCCCCCCCUCUUACCCCUUCAUUCCCUUUCCAUUGCAUUCUAGGCUCCUUUUAUAGUUCAUUUUAGGAUUGUGGUAGUUAUAGGUAAAACUAGAACUGAUGAGGCUGAGAUUCAAAUUCCACCCAAGUAUGAUGCUUACUUGGCAACUUUGGUCAGUGUCUCAGUCGAACAUACCUCACACGUUUGUUGUGAAGAUAAAAAAACCCCAGCUAUUUGUGUGCACUUUAUGCUGUCCCGGUGUUUUGGUUUUUUAAAAGGAAGGGCAGGGUAUAAAUGUAAUAAUGUAAUGUUUUUCCUUUUGUCUAGGGUUGUUCCUUCUGGAGCAAAGAAUACUUUCACUAUGCCAGUACAGUUGAGUUUUUGGGGGAAAGCAGAAAAUAAGCAAGCGGUUCUUGAUCGACUAAACAUGCAGGGCUUUAACUUAGCUCCUCCAGGAAAAAGUAAGUUAAAUAAAUAUUUUAUACAUAUACUUAAUAGAAAUUCCUUUAAUCAAAACAUGAAGCAUUUCUUAGCUUAUUAAACUUCUCUUCUUUUGGAUCACAUCAAUCUCUGUAAAUAUAAAGCAGUUUUGGUCUACUGAUGAUGGGAGAGCAUUUGCAGUCAUUGAUUAGUUCCCCCCCUCCCUUCCUCUUUUAAAAAUGAUACUCAGUUUCAGAAUUUAGCGUUGGGACUAGCAAGAAAUAUGGCAAAGCUGGAACAAGUUACAGUGCUCCGGUCCAUGCUGCUGUACAAAUGACAACUGAACAGGUACAAUGCAUGUUUGUCGUUAGAAUUUGAGUUGCUGAAUGUACUUUAGAACUUUAAACUCUCCUUUUAAUAGGAGUAGAGCUUUGGGGUAUAUUACCUCAUCUAACUUCUCUGUACAAUUCUAGCUCAAGACUGAAUUUGACAAACUCUUUGAAGAUCUGAAGGAAGAUGAUAAAACACGUGAAGUAGAAGCAGCAAAGGUAAUAUAUCCAGCAUGUCACAUUGAUAGUGUGUUAGUGCACACGUUAAACACUGGCAAAAUGCUAGUAAGUUCUCAGCUACAGGUUGUGGUUUCUGUUACGAAAAUUUGUAUAAUAUGACACCUUAAUUUUUCAGGCUGUUGUAACUCCAUUACUUCCACAUCAGAAGCAAGCUUUGGCUUGGAUGAUUUCACGUGAGAACAACAAGGAGUUGCCUCCAUUUUGGGAAGAGAGGGAAAACUACUUCUACAAUACAAUUACCAACUUUGCUGAAAAAACGCGGCCAGAAAAUGUUCUUGGAGGAAUAUUGGCAGAUGACAUGGGCUUGGUAAUUGUCAUAUUAGAAUGUUGCCUCUGGGAGCCAGUGUGGUGUAGUGUUUAGAGCAGGGGUCAGCAACCUUUUUCAGCUGUGGGCCGGUCCACCGUCCCUCAGACCAUGUGGUGGGUCAGAUUAUAUUUUGAAAAAAAGAAUGAAUUCCUUUGCCCCACAAAUAACCCAGAGAUGCAUUUUAAAUAAAAUGACACAUUCUACUCAUGUAAAAACACACUGUAUUAAGAAGGCGAUUGGGCCACAUCCGGCCCCCGGGCCUUAGGUUGCCUACCCCUGGGCUAGAGUGUCAGACUGUAACUGAGGAGAUACAGGUUCAAAUCCCUAGGUAAAGGUAAAGGGACCCCUGACCAUUAGGUCCCGUCGUGACUGACUCUGGGGUUGCGGCACUCAUAUCGCUUUACUGGCUGAGGGAGCCAGCGUAUAAAGCUUCUGGGUCAUGUGGCCAGCAUGACUAAGCCUCUGGCGAACCAGAGCAGCACAUGGAAAUGCCGUUUACCUUUCCGCCGGAGCGGUACCUAUUUAUCUACUUGCACUUUGACGUGCUUUCGAACUGCUAGGUUGGCAGGAUCCAAAUCCCUACUCAACUGCAAAACUCGGUGGGUGACUUGGGGGCAGUCACUGCGUCUCACUUGACCUACCUCACAGGUUUAUUAUGACAAUAAAAGUGGGAAGAAGCAUGUAUGCCUCCUUCAGCUCCUUUGAGGAAGGCAGUAUAAAAAAGAAAUAAAUAAUACAAACUUAUCAUAUGAAACAAUGUUAAUAAAUUGUUCAAUGUAUUUUAGGGUAAAACACUUACUACGAUAGCUGUGAUACUUAGCAACUUCCAUGGUGGCAAACCUCUUCCUGUUAGACAGAAAAGUGAUCAACUGAAGAUAUUUCCUAUUAAGGUAAUUUACUGUUAAUACCAGACCCCUGCUUGAAUUGUAUCAGUUCCAACUUCUCAUAUUUAUAAGACAAAAAUAAUGCAGAUAUGUAAAGCAAGAAAGAAGGAAUGAUAUGUCACUGAUGUUCUUGUAGAAUAUUUGGUCUUGUUCUCUAUAUACAGUAUAUAUGUGAAUUUAAUUUAUUUGAAUUCUACGUGUUACUUGGACUUUUAGCCAAGCCAUCCCUACGACUCAGUUUCUUAAAAAAAACAAAAAUACCAAAAUAAAAACUGUAAAUAAAAUGUGUUCUAUCACCUCUUGUGCAGUAAGUUUUAUCCAGACUACCAAAAGCAGCCCCAAAGAAAAGGCUCUUCAGAAGGUUCAGGAUUUGGCAGUUUUCCAGAAGGAGGUAUUUGUGUAGAUAUGGAUCACUUCUGUCCAGAAUAAGAGAGAGCAGAUAUAAAUAGCCAUGCCUCACAAUUCUGUGUGUCCUGAUUUCGGUGGAACUUAGCAAGUAUAGGAUUGCAGCCUAAAUUCUUCUGUAGGAUAAGCGCCACAUUUUGUCAGAAAUUCUAGCAAAGUAGAAAGUGUCUCUAGCAGCAAGUGCCAUCUUCAGUAAUCUUUUUUCUUACAGGUUGUUCUCAAAAGUACAUAGAUGUAUAAAUUUACCUAGUUGCUAGUUGGCUUAGAUUAGUUAACAUUUGGGGCAUAUUGGAAUUGUUUUGUUGCAUUUCUGAACAAAAAAUAUUGUAAUGCCCUAAAAAUGCUAUGUUUCUGGGCAACAUGUCUGAUGCAUUCAGUAUAAAUCCAUAAGGCCACUAGAGGGUGCUUCCUAAGUAGACACCAUGUACCAACCCUGUACUGUACUACAAGAAAGAGACUUAAACUCUCAGAGAAAAUGGUCCGAAUGUUGCAAUCUUCUGGAGAAGAUGGGACAACAGUAGCAGCCAAUUAGAAAACAAGGAACAAAUUCAAACAAACAAACUGUAUUCUUAAUUUACAGGGAGGAUCUAAAAUAUACAGUGUUUUAGAAAUUCCAGCUUAUUGUUGUAAAUUUUGGGAAACCUUGAUUGAUUGAUUGAUUGAUUGAUUGACGUGAGUGUAUUAUCUGAAUAACUGGAACUGUCUGAAGUAGUGGAAAAUGUACUAACUGGUACUUUGAAGAGCUGUGCUAGCCACGUGUUCUUUCAAGUAUGUUUCAACUAAUUUCCAUAAGAUUUGUUUUGUUCUUAAACUAAAUUUUAGAUGCCAUUUCAGUGUGUUUAUUUUUCUUUUAGAAAUGUGUUCCUGCUGUGAAAAAAGACCAAGAAGGUAAUUUUGAUCUAGAAACUAAUCACAUUUGUUUUGAAUUCAGUCAGAUGACAACUUUCAGUACAAAUUAAUUUAAUAAAUUUUUUUUACAUUAAAUAUCCUAAUUGAUCACCAAUAGCUUAAAUUUAUGACGUGUUGUGGAAGGGGGAAUUAUUGGCUUGCCUUUGUCUUUGCUUUUAUUUUGUAAUUAUUUUUAUUAUGUAUUUUCUGUUUCUUACACCAUGAUUUUAAUGUUGUGAACUGCCCUGAGAUCUACUGAAUAGGGUGGUAUGCAACAUUAAUUAAUUAAUUAAAUUAAUUAACUAAUAAUAAGUUAUUAGAGAAAUCAUGGAGUGUUUUUUUGUUUUGAUUUUUAAUACUUAUUGUUAAGCACCCAGAAUUGGCCUGCAGCUGAAUGCUUCUGAUACAAAGGAGAGUGAGUCUCUUCCAUCUCAGUCAUCCAGAACCCAUCCAAAGAGGUAAGCAAAUUUUAUCUGUUCUUAUAAGUCAAUUGCAAACUACUUCUGAGCUGUUCUCUUCCCCCUCCCCUCUGUGUGUGAGAGGGGGUGUUUCUUGGGAGAGAGGUUGCUUUCUGGAGUGAAAUCAAAUGAGUUUUUUAGAUGUGCGAAACAUGUUGCAAGGUUAUCUUUAUUCUGGCCCAUUUGGUGACUAGCGUAAUUUCUCUUCAAUGCUACUGUUUGGUAAAUUUAUCUCUAUACCCUAUCAAUCUAAAUGAUCAGAUAAACGCUUGUGAAAUCCUCUAUUCAUUGUAAUCCUUUUGCUUUCUAAAUGCUUUAGAGCUAUGGGCAAAAAGCCAAAGUAUACAGUAAGCAGUGACUCAGAGCCUGAAGAGCAGAACACAGAAAUAAUGGAAAGUGAGCUUCACUUAUUUUUUGGGGGGUCAUUAUAUUUGUUUUAACAACUUUAUUGAUUUCCACACUGUGUUAACACUUUUCUUGUUUUCCCAGCCAAAGUGCAAAAAACGCCUCCAGCAACAAGAAAGAGAAGAAAAGGUAUGAUGCUAGUACUUAAAAAAUACUACCGUCAAAAAGUUAUUGUUCCCCCUUCCCAAUAAAACCUGAUAACAGUACCCUAAUGAGGCCUUUCUAACAGAGAGUGUGUGUGACUUUUUGCAAAACUUAACCAUAUACUGGUGCAUAACACAUGGUUGUUGGCAUGGUGCAAGUGAAUGUGUGUUUGCACAUUGUCACUAUGCUUAUGGAUGGGCUGCUUUAGGUAUUUGAAUUAACUGACCUGUGGUCUAGUUGAAUCAGGACUGGCUCUAAGCUAGGAAGAAUAAUCUUUGAUCUAUGAACUGUAAUAUCUGUAUUAAUUGUGGUGGCUAAACCUAUAGUUCUCAUCUUCUUUAUACCUAGAAGACAAUGCACGGAUAGUAUGUGUACGAGUUCUCACAUGAUUGUAUAAACAGAUUAUUUUAACUAAUUUAAACAGGAACUUUCAUUUUUCAAAUGUAUGUGACUAUUUAGUUAUAAAACAUUUUCACAGCUUCUUGUGAUAUUCAAGAGGAUAAAGCAUUUGCUUCUGCUCUUGAGGAACCAGCCAUUUCUUCAAAAAAGACAAAGAAAAAAGGUAUCCAAACUAUUAAGCUUUUCCUUUUACAAUGCCACUUAACACGAAAUGCUACACAGUAUACUUUUUAACAAGCCUAUAGUUGGGAAGGAAAGGAAGACACCUGAAACUUCUGGACUGAUUGAACCAUGUAAAGCAAUGAUUCCUAGCUGGUGGUAUGCAGACCCCAGGGGCUCUAUGUAACCCACCCAGGGGCUCUGUGGCACCAUUAAUAUAACAAAAACUAUCAUAGAGGUAUCAAAAUUUUCAGAAGUAAGGGGUCCAUGGCUUGGCUUUUGAAAAACAGGGGGGUCUGCAAUACUUAGCUAAUUGGGAACUACUGGUGUAAAUGAUUGGAUUCCUAUGCAGUAGUUAAAGCAAAAAUGGGAAUAAUACAUACUUAGGAUUAGAAAUGAUAGUAAAUAAUUGCAAAUUGACUGGAUACAUCUAAAGAGGACUACAUGGAAGUAAUCACUGUGCAGUUACAUUGCUAAUUAUUGUUUUUCCUCUUCAAAGGUGUUGUUACUAUUCAGCAUAAGAAAAAUGAAGGUGAAGAGACACUGGGGACAACACUGAUCAUUUGUCCACUUUCUGUCCUAAGUAACUGGAUUGUAGGUGUUAAAUUUAAACAAUUGUGCUUUUCUAAGAUAAAAAUAUGGCAUCUUAACUUCUAAAAAGAAUGUUAAAGUGAAGAUAUAUGGGGAUUAGAAUUUUAAUACAGCCUAAAUGUUCAUAACCAAGAUUUAAAGCGCAAUCAUAUUUAUUCAUAUAUUCUAUUGAAUUCCUUGGGGCUUAUUCUAAGGUAAACAUAGAAUUGCAGCCAGAGUAAUAUAAUUUAAGAUGGUUGAUGAUGAACCGAAUGGGUUGGGUAUUUCUAAUGUUGACUGUGCCUCCAGCCUUGAAACUAUAGUAUGCAAGUUGCUCCCAUUUUUCUUCAGCAGAACAACUUCCAUUGUAGUCACAAUAAAUCUGAAUUAGGCUUACUCUUACUGUGCUUUAUCAGGAAGGGCUGUGGCUUAGUGGUAGAGCAUCUGCUUUCCCUGCAGAAGGUCUCAGGUUCGAUCCCUAGCAUUUCCAGGUAGAGCUGGGAGUGCCUCCUUUCUGAAAGAUGCAGAGCCACUGCCAGUCAGUGAAUAUAGUACUGAGCUAGAUGCCCCAAGGGGACACAGGUGGCGCUGUGGGUUAAAUCACAGAGCCUAGGACUUGCUGAUCAGAAGGUCGGCGGUUCGAAUCCCCGCGAUGGGGUGAGCUCCCGUUACUCGGUCCCUGCUCCUGCCAACCUAGCAGUUCAAAAGCACAUCAAAAAGUGCAAGUAGAUAAAUAGGUACCGCUCUGGCGGGAAGGUAAAAGGUGUUUCCGUGCGCUGCUCUGGUUCGCCAGAAGCGGCUUAGUAAUGCUGGCCACAUGACCUGGAAGCUGUACGCCGGCUGCCUCGGCCAAUAAAGCAAGAUGAGCGCCACAACCCCAGAGUCGGCCACGACUGGACCUAAUGGUCAGGGGUUCCUUUACCUUUUUUUAGAUGCACCAAGGGUUAUGUUUCCUAUGUUCCUGACUGUAGUAUAGCUUAGAAAUCUCUUGAGAGAUGUCAGUUGUUGAGCCAUCAGUUAAUUGCAACCAUCUGGUUAAUUUUUAUUUCAGGAUCAGUUUGAACAACAUGUGGAUCCGGGUGUUCACUUGAACAUUUACGUUUACUAUGGCUCGGAGCGCAGCAAAGAUCCAGCGGUACUUUCAAGACAGGAUGUUGUAUUAACAACUUACAACAUUUUAGCUAGUGACUAUGGAGUAAGUAUGGUGAAAAGUUGCAGCAAGAUAAAGAAAAGCAGUUUAUACAUCACAAAUAUUUGACUUUUGUUCUAAAAUACAACCUAGUAGUCUUAAGCUUUUUUCAAAUCAAUGCCAAAUGCUCCAUUGUACAGUGGUGCCCCGCAAGACGAAUGCCUCGCAAGACGGAAAAACCGCUAGACGAAAGGGUUUUCCGUUUUGGAGUUGCUUCGCAGGACGAAUUCCCCUAUGGGCUUGCUUCGCAAGACGAAAAUGUCUUGCGAGUCUUGAGAUUUUUUUCGCUUUCCCCUUUAUCUAAUCUGCUAAGCCUUUAAUAGCCUUUAAUAGCCUUUUAGCAGCUAAUCCCCUAAGCCUUUAAGCCUUUAAUAGCCGCUAAACCGCUAAUAGCGCUAAUCCGUUAAGCCGCUAAUAGGGUUGCUUCGCAAGACGAAAAAACCGCUAGACGAAGACUCUUGCGGAACGGAUUAAUUUCGUCUUGCGAGGCACCACUGUAUUCCUUUUGUUUUUUUAAAACAUGUAAUCUGCUUUUCCCAUUGUAUGAGUCUUUAGUUAAGAACAAGCAUAUAUAUACGAAGGAGGUUUUUGUCUUGUAGAAGGGUGUCCUCAAACAUAAACUGCCGUCGCUCAUCUCCUAUCAUCACCCAUGACCUCUUUCCCCAGAUGGGCGCUGGAUAAAACUAGCACACUUGACAACUACAGGGGUAGGGUUCCUCUGUGAAUCUGCAGUUCUAAGCAGAUGCACAGAGAAAAUAGGCAUUAAUAUUUUCUGGUGUCUCCAGUUGGUAGAAAGUGGGAUGAGAUGGCAAAUGUUCUUUUUUACUCCCGCCCAGGUGUUUUAGUUUCUAAUGGCUUCCAGUCACUAAUGGUUUCUAUGCUUUUAUCUUGAAACAGUUUAAUGUUUUAUAUUUGAGGUGUUCAUUAUACUCCAGCUGCACUAUGAUGCACUUUCAUAUAAGCUGUUAUAUUUUAUUAUACUGUAAGUUUUUUGGGAUUCUAUCCAACUAAGUCAUAUUCAGAGCAGACCCACUGAAAUUGAUGGACGUGACUAACUUGAGUUCAUUGAUUUCAGUGGGUCUCCUCUGAGUACAACUUAGCUGGCUACAACUCUUGGAGUCUUGUUCUACCUGGCAUUAAGUGCUUAAAUUACUGUAAUGGAUAGCUUGGAAAUAACUCGGAUGUUAUUCUAAGUCAGCUGUUGCAGAAGGAGUAGUAAAAAUAAGUGAAAUUCUGUACCUGGAAGCUCUCAAGGCUUUUAUGUUUUCCAGCUGGGCAACAGAAAGAUAAACAUUUGGUUCCUGCUCUUAGAGCUUGAAAAUGAUAUCAGUUCUUAGAAUUGCAUACCUUUUAAGGAUGUUCAGUGGAGACUGAUCUUUGUAAAUGUAGGUGUGGGCAUUUAAAAACAGAUCCACUGUGCAGUGGGUGUGCAUGCCUUAAGUAGCAGUAUAGAGGUUUAAAAGCACAUGCUCAAGUAGCAAAUCUUUUACAGCAGUUUUAAGUUGCAACUGAUGUUUGGAGUAUGGGGGUGAUUGCGGUGGAGAGAAUACAGCUCAGACUGGAUAGUAAUACUGGGACUAUGUGUGGUGGUGCAGUGCCUGCUGGCUGUGACUUUUUUGUCUGUUUAAGCAGCUGACACAAUCUUGCCUUCCUCUGCCCAUUUCUUAGGUGAUAUUAUUAAUUGCGUCUUCAUGUGGGUGCUCACCCUUGGAAAUAGAGUAGAAAACUUUGGUUUUUCUCAUACAGCUCCAAUGGAAACACUUGUAAAAUACUGAGCUGUUUUUGGCACCUGCUAAAAAUGAUUUUGUUUAGGCAAGCAUGUCCAGCCAUGUAAAUUGGAUUUGUAUUUUAUUAUGCAAUUUUAUUUUGUAAUGUGUGUUUGUAUGUGUGUGUUAUAUAUAUAUAUAUAUUUGAAACUACUUAUUCUGUUUAUGUUUUGAUUUUAUUUUUGGUCAACUUUAUAUGUUAUGUAAACUGCUUAGAAGUUUAGCGAUUGUAAUCCUGUUAAAUAAACAAAAGCUCUUUCUGGAGUGAAAUAGGGCCUGUAUUACACUUCCAUUUUCUCUGUCCCUUAAAGACAAAACUCCAGUUGCUUAGCUGCUGCUUUAUUUUAAAUCAUAUGACUAACAGUUCUAUUGAUACGUUCUGAUGACUGUCAUGGGAAUAAAUUUAAGACAUCUGUGUAGUAUCUGCUUUAGAUGUGAACUGUAAGUAGAGCAUGCUAUAUUUAAGCCAUUCAAAUAAUUUCCCAUAUCUUACACUGUGUGUGUGUGUGUGUGUGUGUGUGUGUGUGUACAUACACACACCUGUGAUCUGGGGGCAAGUGUGGCCCUCCAUGUCCCUCUAUCUGGCUCGUGGGGCUCUUUCUAGGCCACACACCCUCUGCACUUGCACCUUCCUUGAGUAUUUUUAUUGGUUGAAAUUGUCCUUGUAAUGCCUCUUGCAUUAAUUGGGUUGGAUUUUCAGUGAAGCAGCAAAAGUGAUUUGGCUUCCAGGCCUUCAUGCACGCUUGAUGUAGCUGACUUCCUCUAUUCCUCUUCAUAAAGGUUACGUAUAUUCUUCUGGAGCAGAGAAUGAAAGCAAAAUGAUUUCUUUUUAUUUUUUUAAGUCACUGCUUAUUUUACAGAGUUUACUUAUAUCCUUAAAGUACUACAGCCAUUAUUUAAAUUUUGUUCUAGGCCAGAGGUAAUAGCCCUUUACACAAAUUAAAAUGGCUGAGAGUGGUGUUGGAUGAAGGACACACAAUACGAAAUCCAAAUGCUCAACAGACAAAAGCUGUACUGGACCUAGAUGCACAAAGAAGAUGGAUUUUGACAGGUAAUUAUGCCAAAGGGAGAACACUGCAGCACUGUGUUGAUUGACUAUAAGAGUUAUGCUUGUUGAACAGCUUACUGAUUUCAUUAAGAUUUUUCAACAGUACUGUGAUCCAUUAUGUCUCUUAGUUUGUUUUGCACUCUGUAAAAUUGCUUUAGUUAAGAUUGUAGCUUGCCACUUGCUUUGGGGCACGUGUGUAUGCACUCCUCCCUCCAGGGAGCAUUCAGUUAGCAAAUUUCAGCCCAGGCAGGAGCAAUCAGUGCAGUGGGAUAGUACUACGCCCACCCUAUUGACAGCACUGUUGCUUCCACUUAGCAGGAUGGGGCAGGGCAGUAGCAAGGUCAGGGCUUGUAUGGACAGAUCAGCAGAGCCAAUGUGGCACUCUGGGCUGCCACUCUGAACUGCUCCUGCACCAUCCUGGCAAACAGUAGAGACCCCACUUUUGGAAGGGUGGCAGUGCAGCAGCACCCUGUCUGCAGCUGCUCCUGAACAUGUGGAAUUUAGCAGCAUGUAAGAGAUGCAAGAGCAGUUCUGCUAGGGAUGCAACAUCUGUAUUUCCUUCCCUCCUGAUCAUACUAGCUGCUUGGCAUUGGAGCCACCCAGAGAAGCAGCCAAAACUACUGUCCUAUUCCAAUGGAAGUGCUGUUUCUGCUUUGAGUGCCUGAUGUUGCUCAGGGGGCGGUAUGAAUGUCUUUGCUGGAAAAAACUGCAUUUGUAGUGCAUAUGCAGACAUUUUCUCGCUUUCAGAUGAUAACUCUCUGAGAGCAAGCACCUUUUCGACUGUAUUUUUCUGCUUGCCUCCAACACUGCUUUUACUUUUCCAGUCAUAAAUUCCAGCUGCAAAAAUGCAGCUGAAGUGGCUCCCGGUGGCCGGAAAAUGUGUCAGGAGGAGCUUGUCCACGCGGAAAACCUGGGGACGCGGCACGAACUCUCUGCAGGGCGAGGCCGGUGCUGGGCGUCUGCUUCCUCCGGUGCCGUUAAAGCGCUUUUUCCUGUGGCAUCUAAAACAUAUCCGUUACCUGAUCUUGGAAGAGCUGAACCACUUAAGACGUGAAUAAACAAAUAUUUGACUGAAUUGAAUUGACUCGGAAUGAGGUCGAAGUGCCUUCCGUUCUUUUUAUGAAAGCAAGACAAAUAUAUAAAGCCUGAAAUAAAUUUAGAACAGAAUUCAACAUCAGAUUCCUUGACUGAGGGGUAUUUGGACUUCUCAAUCCGGAAGUGAGUUAAUUUUCACGCCUACCAGGCUUCUGCGUCUUAUCAGCUGACAGUUAGUUAAAGAAGGUACAUUUAUAUGUGCUCUAAUUUGGAGGUGAAAAAAGAUUGUUGUUCUUUUUCCUUUAAAAAAAAAAUUCCAUCUAAUUUAAACAAAGGACUAUUGACUAUCUCGUGGGAAAGAAUGACUGAAGGACAAUAGUAACUGAACAUUGUUCUUUUUCAAACUAAGUGCCAGUGACAGACACGAUGAUGUACCGCAACAAUGAAUGGACAUAAUGACCAGGGCGCGGAGAUCAGCCUUGAACUAGAAGGACAACCAGAUUCUGAGAUGAAAUGUGUCAGAUUGGAAAGGAUGCCUCAUAUGUUUGGACCUCGAGUCUGUGGCUAUCAGAGGAGAGAGUCUCCGUGUGGAUUUAGUAUUAUUGUCUGGCUUGGGCAAGGGUUUGGGAUGGACUUGUAAGGUCAAGCAUUUUCUUGCUGGAACGACGAUACAGGGCAAAAAGACUGAGGCCUGGUACACCCAGUGGUACGAGCGACAAUCUGGAGGACUGUUGAAUGACUUAUUUUUUUUUUUUUAAUAUAAUGCUUACAAAUGUUUGAGAUGAAGAAUUAAAAGUAUGAAAUGAUCGUAAAAGGUAAUGAUGCAAGAACUUGGUAAAUAUUGAAUAUAAGCUAUGAGUUUUAAAGUUUUUAUAUGACAAGAGGGAAAAUAGAAUAAGGAAACAUAAUGACAGAUUGUUAUGAAAAAACAGAAAGGAUUUUCUGUAAAAAUUAAAAAUUAAGAAACAAAAGAGGGGAGGAGGAGGAAGUCUAGAAAGGAAGUCAAUAGAGAUUGUAAAGGACUUUAUAUUUUGGUUUUUCUGUUUCUCUUUUUUUUUUUUUCUUUGCGGCUGGGUUUUUUUUUUCUUUUUUGUUUAUGCAUUAAUUUUGUUUUUUGUAUCCUUAAAUUUUUUUUUUUGGAAAUUUUUGUUGUUAUUUUUUGAAAAUUCAAUAAAUAGCAACUAUAAAAAAAAAAAAAAUGAAGUGGCUGCUUCCUGUUCUGAACAGUUCAAUUGCUCAUCAAACAGUGAAAAAAUUAGUACAUGAACUGAUGGUGUUACUGUUAAAACCCGAUUUGAAGCCAUGCUUGGACUAGAUUCAAACUCUUAUCACUGUUUAGUUUUAAUGGACUACUGGGAUCAAACCCAUAAACUUAGAUUAAAGAAAGCAUCUCUCCCAGGACAGCAAUUGUUCCUGGCCUUAAAGUUUAAAUUUUCACUUAAUUAUACAACUGAAUAAUAGUUUGAACCGGGACACCUAGGCUGAGAAAUGCUGGCCAUCACACCCUUUUCUUGUGCCACAGCAUCUCUGACCCUCGGGAAAGCAUUUAUUGAGGACCGGUGGGAAAAACAAUAGGCUGAAAAGUCAGCUUCUGCCAGCCCUGUUAUAUGGGCUGAUGAUCCAGAGAUCCAGCCCAUUUUUAACUUGCUGAUUAUAGUGGAGUACUGAGGUUGACAAUAUUAAAAUGAAAGUGCAGCUUUGUAAACAAAUGCAUCAAUGCAGUUUAAGCCCAAGAAUAUUUAUUUCCAGUGUAAACUCUUAUUUUGAUCAGGCUCUAUGUCUUUUAGGUAAUGACUGUACCUGACUAAAGAUGUUUCGAAAGCUAAGCAAAGUAGAUGCCAGAACUGUUGCAUUUUGCAGUAGUGAGGGACUUCAUUAUUUACAAGGAGGCACUGCUUUUAAAAAACCAUUUUUAAUUCAUGAAAUAAAAUCAUCAGGAUCUAGUGCCAGAAUGUGUUGAUCCAAAAUAAUAAUCGAUGAUACAGUCUUGCAAUGGUGUGUGGGUUUCCAUCAGCCUGCAAGUCAGCCAAUCACGUUAAGGCAGAUUCAUGUAAAUGUAACUUUAUAGGAAAUUAACAAAUGUUUUAAUAUGUGAAAUUGAUUUUUAAAAAACUUGCCUAGCAGAAGUUAAGUACUAAUGGUAGAGUGGUACUUAGCAAUAUUUUGGUGUGAUUUUUUUAAAAUAAUACAUAAUAAUAUUUACCUAAGAAUUCAAGCUGAUACAUUGAUACAAAUGCCAAAAUAAUUUUUUGGCAAGUUUUUUAUACUUGUACAAGGAUAUUUUUUGUAUACCCAGUCUUUACUUUUGUUUUUGAGUGAAUUUUAUGUGGUGUAAUCGUAAUGUGUGGCAUGUUUUUGUUUUGUCUGUCUUCUUCCUUUUAGGCACACCUAUUCAGAAUUCCUUAAAGGAUUUGUGGUCUCUUCUUUCCUUUUUAAAGCUGAAGCCUUUUACAGAUAGAGACUGGUGGCACAGAACAAUCCAGCGUCCUGUCACUAUGGGAGAUCAAGGAGGGCUUAAGUAUAAAAUGUUUCUAGUUUUCUAAUACAUAUCCUUGAUAAGUUCCGUAUUUUUUGCUCUAUAGGACACACUUUUUCCCUUCCAAAAAUGAAAUGUGUGUGCGUCCUAUGGAGCGAAUGCAGACUUUCGCUGAAGCCUGGAAAGCGAGAGGGGUCAGUGCGCACCGACCCCUCUCGCUCUCCAGGCUUCAGGAAGCUAUCUGCAAGCCUGCGGAGCGCGGCAGGAGUGCCCGCCGGGCUCCCAAGGCUUGCGGAUAGCAGCAAGCUCCGGGAGCGAAGGCAAGGUUGCGCGCAACCUCGCCGCCGCUCCUGGACCCGUUCUGGGGGCUGGGGUCAGGGGAAGCUCGGGCUUCCCCCGCCCCAGCCCCGUGGCUAAAAAGGAAGCCAAGACAGCCAGCGGGAUCCAUCCCGCUGGCCGUCUUGGCUUCUUUGCUGUUUGGGGCUGGGGGGGGUAAUUCCCCCCCUUUAUCCCCCCCAAAACCCUAGGUGCGCCCUAUGGUCCAGUGCGCCCUAUAGAGCGAAAAAUGCGGUGCAUUUUGUAAAGAUCAGUACGAAGAUCAGUGGGUUAUACAUAAAUUGAAUGAUGUGUGAAGAAUACAGACUUCAUUUAAAUUUCUUUUAGUAAAAUACAGAAAAUUUGCAGUUUUCACUGGGUAUACAAGACUGAGCGACUGAGAUAUAAAAUAUAUCUGAUGUUAAAGCCUCACGGGUGCUUCUUUUGUCUUGCUAGGCGUUUACAAUCCCUAAUUAACAGCAUUACACUUCGAAGAACUAAAACAAGCAAAGUUAAAGGGAAGCCAGUUCUGAAGCUCCCGGAACGCAAAGUAUUCAUUCAGCAUAUUACACUUACAGAUGAAGAGAGCCAAAUGUAUCAUUCUGUGAAAAACGAGAGCAUUGCUGCUGUUAAGAGGUAAAUAGUGCCAGCUGUUAAGUGGAAGAACAGAAUUCCAUUAGGUUGCAUUCAGUAAUUGUUGUAGUCUGAUUUUUUUAUCUUGCAUGUCUUAUAAUGCAAUACCAAAUACGUCUACUCAGAAAUAAGGCCUGUUGGAUUCAGUAGGAAUUAACUCCGAGGUAAGUGCAUACAGUGGUACCUUGGUUUAUGAACUUAAUCCGUUCCGGAAGUCCGUUCUUAAACCAAAGCCUUCUUAAACCAAGGCGUGCUUUCCCAUAGCAGCAGGGGACUCAAUUAACAAAUGGAACACACUCAACAGGAAGCAAAAUAUGUUCUUAUUCCAAGGCAGAGUUCACAAACCAAAACACCUACUUCUGGGGUUGCAUCGUUCUUAAUCCAAGUUGUUCAUAAACUAAGCUGUUGUUAAACCAAGGUACCACUGUAUAGGAUUGCAGCCCUGUAGAUUCCAUUGUAAUAAAAGUCCAUGGAAUGCAAUAUUAAGACUCCCAAAUUUAUAUAUUUAUUUUUAUAAAUUUUAUUUUCAGUUUUCAUAUACAUAUUAGACUUCCCUUUCUCCCCCCUUUUUUGGUUUCUUGUCUUACUUGAAAUUUUUAGCUGCAUUUUUCACAUUACUCCUUUUUAAAGUUAUUAUCUUGAUAAUACUUUUAACUGCUUGAUUUAAGGUAACUUGAAGCUGUAUGCCAGCUCCCUCGGCCAGUAAAGCAAGAUGAGCGCCGCAACCCCAGAGUCUGUCACGACUGGACCUAAUGGUCAGGGGUCCCUUUACCUUUACUAAUGCAUUUAAUUGCAUGCCAUGAUUUUUCCAAUAUUACACAAAUGAUCCCCACUCUUUAAUAUGUGUGUGUGCGCGCGUGUGCACACACACAAUAUUAAGACUCCCAAAUUUUUGGAUUAUGUAGAAAUUUAAUUAUUCUUCCUUCAGUGGCCAGUACAUUAGCUGUUUUUGUUGCAAUUGGAAUAGUACUAACAAACUUCCAUGAUAUUUUAAUCAGAUUAGUACUCGUCAAUCGCAACAUGGAUUAUUAAAAGGAUGGUUGAGAAAACGGGAACAUUUUCUGCAACUGUUCAGUGACUGCUUGGUCUGUUGUAUACAAAUAAAACUGCAUUGUCAGGCGGAAUGCUGUUCUCAAAACAGGGCAUGAGAUUUUAACUAAGUGGCUCCUGCUAAUGCCAUUGUUUUCCAGUCUAUAAUGGAGAGUUAAAUGACAUGGGAAGCAAAAUGGAUACACAUACAUUUACACACCCCUUACACUGAGGUGCCUCAUUUGAUAGCCUGGAUUGUAAUCCUUGGUUAAGUCACUGCUUCCAACUGUAAUGGUAUGGUAAGUAUGACCUACCAAAUCCUGCAAAGUUCUCUUAUUGUGGCACAAGAGAAAAUUGGGCCAGAAUUCGGAGGAUUUGUGGAUCACAGCUCAAGUAUUUAAACUGUAACACUUGAUUUAUUUAAUGUCAAAAUUAUCCUGCAGGUAUUUCAAUGAUAGAAGUGUCUUGACCCACUAUGCAGAUGUUCUUGGUGUGUUGCUCAGGCUGAGACAGUUGUGUUGUCAUCCAUGGCUCUGUACAAGUGUGUCCUCAUCCAGUGAUACAGAAGGUAAGUAUUCCCAUGUUCUUUUAAAAACAUAGGAGACCUUUAAUCUCAGGUGCUUACACUUCUUGGUUUACGGCGGUUGCUGAUGAUCCAGAUGGGUUGGGUAGUAUCUCUCUGCACGUGACAAAGGCAAGAGAGCAAAGAACUCCACAGUAAAAAGUUGUGUGUCACCCUUCUAUUGAUGCGCACCUGCCAGUUGUUUAGUGUUCAGAUCUGUGUACUGUAUAUACUCGAGUAUAAGCUGACUUUUUCAGCACAUUUUUUAUGCUGAAAAAGCCCCCCAUGGGGGGGGGGAUAAUAAAAGUGCUAAAACAUUCCAAUCCUUUAGAGGCAUCUUCCAUGAAAAAACCUAAAUGCCACCAGCCCAGCCCAGUGAGGACUAACUAUGGUCACCACCUACAGAAUGUUGAGAAUCAACUGGAAAAUAAAAAGGGAAAAUCAGGAGGCUGGGAGAGUGAGAUGAAAUAACCUGCUAGUUAGGGGAAUGGCUAUCUGGAACCUUCAAUAAGAAUAAAUCCUACUAGAAGAUGAAAUACAUGUCAACAUUUUGUUGUAGAUCCUGCUGAAAUAGAUGCACCUUUGUGGUUAUCUUGCACUGUGAUACUUUAACCCUGUAACAUUGCUCUUUUUAAUUUUUUGUGUAUGUGUCUGGACAGCUAAUAGUACCCCUGAAGAAUUGCGUAAGAAAUUAAUAGAAAAAAUGAAGUUCGUGCUCAGCUCUGGAUCAGAUGAAGAAUGUGCCAUUUGCUUAGAGUCUCUGAACUUUCCUGUGAUAACACACUGUGCCCAUGUGUUCUGUAAACCAUGUAUCUGUGAAGUCAUCCAGAGAGAGAAGGUUAGUUAUUACCUUUACGAAACUGCAGUGAAAGCAGUUUAUAUCAGUGGCCAGUAGGGCUACUGUUUUGAUAAAACAGGUUAAUACUCCUUAUAUUUUAUUUUAAUUUAUUGCCAUCAAAACUAAUCUACUGACUUUUCUACAUUCUACUGCAUGUAUUCUUCUUGAUUCUGACCUUAUGAUUGUAUUGACCUGCACAGGGUUUUUUGUUUUUGUUUUUGCAUGUGUUUAUGAUGGCUUCACAUUAGACUGAACUGGUACAUUGGACAACUUUAACUUGUUUAAUUUCAAGGUUUUGCUCAAUACCUUUUUGUCAUAAUUUCAUUGCUGUUGCAUGUUUUUUGGUGAGAGGAGGGAAAAUGCAUAAUUAUGCUAAUAAUGGUUAACAGGUCCUACGUGGCAUUCUUAAUUCUUUCAUAGGGGUGUAUUGCCACCCACAUCAUGUCAAACCAAACAGCAGAUCAAAAUUGGUAAAUAUCACUCCUGUGCAAGACCUCGUUAUUAUUAUUUUUAAAGAAACCCAAAUGCACAUUGCUUCCCAUCUCCAUUUUGUCUGUAGUGAGACGUAACUAUGGGCUGGUAAUAUCUGCUGUUACGCACUUCUGGGAAAUUAUUUUGUUUUGAAAAGCUAUGAAUGCCCUGAGCAGGAAAAGGCAGUGGAGGUUGGGGACGAGUGAUUGCAGAGAGGGACAAGAAACACACACAGCCCAGGUACAUUCCAUCAAGUUCCACCCAUUGGGGUGGAGGCAAGCAGUGGACAAGCAAAGAAUAUUCAUGACUGAAGAAAAACAAUGUGUGGAAACUAACGCGCUAAGCCGACACAUAGACAGCCUGAUCUGAAUGACCUGUCUGCUGUAUAAAGCCCCUGUCAAACCAACCUUCAUCUAAAUACGACUCUAGCCCACAGCAAUACAAUUAAUGGUGCCAGUAAGCCAAACUGUAUCUAGGAAAAAAGGGAAGGGGACUCCGAUGUCAAUUGUACUGUACACAGUAUGGCAGUAUUGUUUAAUUUGUUCAUGGUAGAAUGUUACCUCCAAAGAGACCUGAUUAAUUCUUCUUCUUUUUUAUUUUUUUUUAUUCAAAAUUAAAACAAAACAUAAUAUCCAGAAACAUAUCAUCCUUACUUUUCCCACAUUUUUCCUCCUUCCCCCCACCCUCCCAUACAAAACUCACCCACCCCCACCCCCCGACUUCCCUCAGUUCCAUUCUUUGAUUUCUCUAAGAAUGCUGAUUUCUGCAUGUUACAAAGUUGUAUAGAUCCUCAAACUAUUUAGCUGAUUAUUAUCAAUAAAAAGUUUGUGAAUGUUUAUUCAAAGCCAGCCAAGGAGUCCAGUUCGCUUUGUUGCGUCUUAAAAUACUUUGUAAAGGGUUAGGGUUCUUUAAUUCUUUGUAGUAGUCACUUUGUAUAUUGCUUUAUGUGAAACCUUACCCUCUUCAAAAAAACGCUGAACUACUAACCGAAGCAUAAUGCAAAAGCUAGCCUUUAAACAUGCAAAUCACAACGGUGUAUUUCUCAGAACUAUAAACUUGUGUUGUCUUUUUCAGACAAACGCCAAAUGUCCUCUUUGCAGGAAAGAGGUUGGAUUAGAAAAUUUACUAGAAUGUCCUUCAGAGGAACUGGAUAGUGAAAAAAAGCCUGGCCAAGAAUGGGUAUCUAGUUCAAAGGUAAAUGUCAGAUUAGAACACUUCAUUGUCUUUAUUCUGUGGUAUGCAAAAUAUGUUCUUAAUUUGUUUUGCAUUUUUGCACCAAAAUAUUACACUUUAGAUAUUUACCACACUGGCUAAAUUUUGAUACAUGGAUUGUGCUUAGUAACAGGAAAGGGCAUGAGUUAGCCACUCUUUAUGUUCAGUCUUCUUGGUCCUACUUCUUCCUUCUUCCUUACUGAUUUUUGGUGUCUUUUUCCUCUGUGCCCUCAUUAAGGAUUUAAGCAAUUCAUCUAGACUUUUGCAAGAACUCUGCUUUCUCCAUAUUAUUUUCUAUUACCUUGUCCUUGGCUUUAGCCAUCUUCGCUGCUUUAUGCCACUGAAAGCAGUGGGAGGUGAGGCCAUAGCUGGAAAGAAUUGUUACCUAUGGAAAAUACAUGGCUUGCACAUUUGUGAAUUCCUGAUAUCUUCUUACAUUUAAUUCCAUUUAUCAAUGUAACUUAGGUUGCUACUUCCUAAAAUUCACACAUUACUUUCAUGUAUGUGCUAACAGUUCCAGUUGCUUUCCAAAAUUGAGAUUCUAGGUCUCCUAAGUAAUGACAUUUUAUAUAGGAAAUUAAGUUUUCUUCCCAAUUCUUGUAACCUGUGAUAUUAGUUCCAGAUUCACCGAUUUUAUUUCAUUUCUGUUAGGCCAAUUAUUUUUGGUAUGUGGUGGUAAGAAAUGAGAGAAACAAUUGGUCAGUCUAGCACACAGGACUCUGAGAACAUGCAUGCUUUCCUUUGUAACAAUAAAACUAACCUCAGGAAAAUGAAGAGAUUCGUUGUUUGUAAAACUGAAAAUAACUAAUUUGUGUUUCAGGUCAAUGCACUGAUGCAUGCCUUGAUAAAACUAAGGAAGCAAAAUCCUGCUGUUAAGAGUUUAAUAGUUUCUCAGUUCACAAAGUUCCUGACUCUAAUAGAGAUUCCACUAAAGUAAGUAGAAAUAUGUGCUUGUUAAGUUUCUUCAGCGAAGAACUGAAAAAUGUAAAUACUUGCUAUCUAAUCUGCUGUGCUGCGUGCAUUCCUGCCCCUCCAAAAAACAGACAAACAAACAAAAACAAAAAAAGAAAACAAAAAUUUCUCAUGAAAAAAAUCAAAACGUCAUAUCAAAGUAGGAGUUGUCAUUUUAGGGGGGUGAAACUUAGUUUUUGUAAAUUUCUUCAGUGAGGCAUCUUAAAAAGAUGUUUUUGGGUGUGAAGAAAUCAAAUCUGGUAUUAUUUUUAUGGCUGGACAACAUUUAGCUUGGUAAGUCUACAUUUGAUGAAGAAGCACAUAAACUGCUUUUGGAAAACCAAAGAAUUUUAAAUUUUACCUUCUGAAAGUGUCAGAUAAUAAUUAUAAUUAAUAAUAUAACUGCAAGUACUUGGCAAUCAUUUUUAAUGAUUUCUAUGCAAUUUUACACACAUUUUACUUAGCAGCAAAAUACUAACCAAAAUAUAUUUUGAUAACCAAAGUCAUGUUAUAACUUUUUAGCACCCUUUGAUUUGGAAGUUGAAAAAUUCAGCAUGCCACAAUAUGAGGUCAGAACUCUCAAACUGACUAACUGUUGUACUUCUUCUGAUUCAGGGAAUCUGGGUUUGCUUUUGCUCGUUUGGAUGGGUCUAUGACACGGAAACAAAGAGUACGGGCAAUUCAGCAGUUCCAAAGUAAUGCAGAAGGGUCCCCAACUAUAAUGCUGUUAUCUCUAAAAGCUGGUGGUGUUGGUUUGAAUCUCACAGCAGCUUCACAAGUAUUUUUAAUGGAUCCAGUAAGUAUAAACAAGUCAAUCAGUGUGAUAUUUACUGGCUCUGCAACACAUCCUAGAAAUAAAAGAAGGAAUGAGAAAUUCAUUUUUAGCUGCUAGAUAGUGGCAAAAGAAAGUGAUAAUGGUGCUAUUAACUGCAGCAAAAAACUGGUUCUACCCCAUCAGGUUAGCUGUGGUAGAAAACCUGUAAUAAAGUUACUGAUUUCAAAUGUGCAUAAGUUAACUUGAAAAGCUAAGGGAGCGAUCCUAACCUCUGGCUGGCAGAGGUGUGGUUUGAUGCGCGUGCAUUUUCAGGAGUAGAAGUUGUCGAGCGGGGAGGAAAAAAGUCCCUUUGCUGUCCCAGCUCCAAAGUUGGUUCAGCGGAAAGGCCCAAAUUGGGCCUCUUGUAACAUGAUGACAGCAGGUUUGCACAGCCUCUCCUCUCAGGGAUUUCUGCUGGUUACUGCUGUCGGAAAUGCUAUAUACCUGGCAUUUGGGAUAUGUAUGUUGAGGUGCUCCUUGCUGGUGGAGGCUGAGCAGGGGGACAUAAUCGUUCCAUCCAUACCCCUUCAAGAUCAGGAGUUUGUGUGCCUGCUAUCAUCCUUGUAAGAAAAAGUGAAAUUGUAUCAGUUCAUUCCUCCCCCCGUCAUCUUUAAAGGCUUUAUAUCUUAUGGAAGUGAAUGUGCUUCCAUGGAGAGCCUUUGUAUUCUAGCUUAACUAUAAUCAGAAAUCCUUUUUUCUUCAAGAAUACUCUUUAUUCCAGGCAGCUUGAUGGGAUAGGCAGUUUGUCACCAAGAAAUGGGCUGGUGGACUGAUGUGUCAUGUAUAUAACUAAUAGAAAAUGGAAUAUGUUAUUCUCAAGUCUUCCAAUGCCAUGCUAGUAAAACACUAAAUAAAGUCCGACAGUGCUAUAGUGAUCAUAGCUUAGAAAUCUGAAAUGUGAAAGCGCAUUACUUUUGGCAAGGCUUAGCAUGACUAUUGAAUAUCUUCUGAUAGGCUUGGAAUCCUGCUGCAGAGGACCAGUGCUUUGACAGAUGUCACAGACUUGGGCAGAAGCAGGAUGUUGUCAUCACCAAGGUGAGCUGGUGAUUAUCUUAAGCACCUGUGGUUAUAAGAAGUUGCUUUUAAUUUGAGCACACCUAUACAUACCGCUGAACCCAGAGUCUGCAGUUGUGCUUAGGGAUGCAGUAUAAUAAAAGAGGGACUAGCAAGGAAUUAAAUCACGUUUUCUGUAUUGCAAACAUGUGGCCUUUGAAACAACAGAGUGCACAUAGAGUAGCUAAGGGUGUAUGUGAAGAGCGUUAAAAAGAUGAACUUUUGCCAGUUAACUAUUUGCCACAAAAAUGGGAAGCAGACUGAAUCUUGCUUCCCUCACUGACAUGAUUUCAGUUUUGUAAAAUGGCCUCUGCUGUUUGAGUGGGGUCCGCAGAUAGUUUUCAAUCUAAGUCGGUAUUGUAAUGUAAGACAGCUUCCCAACACAUAAGGUUCCUUGCUAUAUGAGCAGUUGCAAAUAGAAAUGAAGGCACUACUUUCUUCUUGUUGCUGCAAGUUCUAGGACUGUACUUUCCAUAAAUAUUUUUUCCUGAACUCUUAGUUUGCCAAAGUUCAUGGAGGACCACUUAACAUCAUGGUUUUUGUUCUGCAAAUCAAAGCACAUAGAACCAUAGAGUUGGAAGGACCUUGAGGAUCGUAUAGUCCAAACCCCUGCAAUGCAGGAAACUUGCCCAUCGUGGGGCUUGCACUCACAAACCUGAGAUUAAGAGUCUCAUGCUCUAGCAAUGAGCUAUCCUAGCAUACAUUAAUGAUAUUUAGAUAAUGGAUGUGCAUGUGUUUUGCGAGUAUGGUUCUGUGAGACUGAGUGUAUCAGUUUUUAAAUCACUAUGGGGCCAAGUACAAAUACUGUUUGACUGUGGUUGGUGAACCAGUGUUUGAGAACCUUUAUCCUAGAAUGGGGAACCUAUGGACUUGCAACUCUUGGACUCCCAAGUCUCCAAGGGUUGGGGAUGGGAUUUGAGAAUUCACAUCUGGAGGGCCACAGGCUCCCCCAUCCCCCAUGCUCUAGUAUUUGUCUCCUUGCUAUUUUUACUUCUUCACAUCAUAGUAAAUGAAUCACACUUUAGGAUAGCACGUUUUCAGUAAUAUAUUUAAAGUACCUUUGGAAAAGUAAUAUGAUAGCAGUGAAUUUCCUUUUUUCUUUUGUUUGACAUUUUCUUUUAAAAAACCACAUUUAGUUCAUUGUGAAGAACUCAGUAGAGGAAAACAUGCUGAAAAUCCAGGAGAAGAAGAAAGAACUUGCGACUGGAGCCUUUGGAAACAAGAAAUCUUCUAGUGAAACAAAAAUUAACGAAAUCAAGACUUUGAUGGAUUUAUAAGUUGAGAUGUUAGGCCCAGCUAAAGACAGCCGACCUGAUGUUACUUGUUCAAUCAGUGUGUACAUAGCUUUAGAAUUACUCUGUUAAAUCAUCAUUGGCAUAAGAUGUGCCAUGUAACAAGCAGGCUGAUGCAGCUACCAUUAUUAUUAUUAUUAUUAAUUUUAUUUUAUUUUAGGCUGCAUUCCUAAGGCACGGUGGCUCUCAAUUUUAGGACAGAUGAGAACUUUAAUUACUCUCAUUUUUCUUUUUAUCCACACUUCCCUCCUGGCCACCAUUUCCCUGGGAAAUAAAAAAUUUUUUUGUUAGCUCCUCAGAUGGAGUAUUUUUUUUUCUAGUGUUGGGGGACUGGGUAGGAGCAGGAUUCUUUGGAUCCAAGCCUCUCCUGCAUGUCCCAAAUCUCCCAAAAUCUUCCCCACUUGGCAUCAGAACUGACAUUGGUAGGGCCAUAGCCACAGAAGUUUCUGCAGCAGUGGUUGUGGGGGACCAACAUCAGAUCUCCUUUGCUGAAGUACAGGGGGAGAACCAAUGUAUCCUAUAUUGCCUGGGACUGAAGGCAUAGGAUUUAAGAUGGUAACUAUCCUGAACACCUGGGCUUCAAAACACAGUUAAAGCAGUUCUUUAUCACCAUGUUCUUUAAAUGUACUGGUGCCCUUUUAUCAAAUUUUCUUGAAUUGUGUUUAGUGUACAAAGGGCAGGUAUUACUAAUAACAAAGAAUACUAUUCUUUAGAGUUAAAUGAGUCACCUAGCAGUGUCAUAUUUUAUUUGUGUGUUGGGCAGAUUGACAAUGACAAACACCAACAUGCUUUUGCCUCUGCGGUGAAUGCCAGUUAGAUAACCUAGUUCAUGUACUCCUGUAACUGUCUACAUCAGUAGAAAAGGAUUGUUAAAUGAGGAUGUGUAUGACCAGAAUUAAGUUCCUUCUUUUUUUUUUUGCUAGACUAUAUCCAAACAAUCUUAACUCCUAAAAGUAAAAUAUUUCAUUUUAAGUUAUAGCUUCACAAUUUUUAGUUAAUUGCACAUUCUUAAUUUUACAGUGAUAUGACUUAAAACGGUCUAUAGAUUGUUGUCCACUAUAUACUGAGUUUUCUACUAUCUUGUACAGCUAGAAUCCGGAUUUAGGAAAUCAUGUUUACUGAAAACAAGUAAACUUUUGUCUGAGUUGAUACGCUGCCUCCAUUCUCUUGCUGCAAAGUCAUUCAAGAAAUAGCAUCGCUUGAAAUAGUAAAACCUCAGUAAUUCGGAAGUUUUAUUUCUAGGUAAAUAAAAUUGUGGCUUAUGCAGACUCAUGCCUGUAAUCAUUAACAUUUUAUAAUGCUUUUUGUUUAUCUACACAGUAUGACCUGUAAACAGCAACUGAGGCAUAAGCUCCUGACAGAUCUUGUAAAAAUGCACAAGAAUCUAAUAAACUUUAUAUCCAUGGGCUUUAGCCCAUCGCUUAGCUUAUCUGCUAAUCAGAAAUC